CCCAACCGGCCUCUAAAGAUCGCUCGCAUGGCGACUCUUGAUUCACUGGACGCUCAAGUGUCUGAAGAUGCCGUCUGACCCACUGAGUUCUUCCAGCACUUUGUGUGUGUUACUUCAGGCAAAAUCUACUCGAAUAAACACGUCUGAGGAAAUUCCCCGAAUCGCUGUUGAGGAUACAGAUCCUAGUGCCCCUUCAGAAAAGAUUGAAAAAUACCCUAUUCAAGCUACAGAUCACAGUGUUUGCAUCAAAGGUGCUUCAGAUCUCCCAGUACAGGAUACAACAACUGUUAACCUGGAGCAUUUAGUUGCAACGCCUUGGACAAGACGGCCUGAAGAGAAUGAGAGUCUGCACAUCGAAGGAGACUGUUUAUCAGAAGAUAUGAAAGACAGUAAAUCAUGCAAAUAUUGUCUAGAAACAUGCAGGAACUCAUUGUUAACUUCAACAUGCAUUACUCCUCCUUGCAUUGGUGACAUGAUGAAUGAUGAAGAUUUGUUAUACACAUUGAGGUUAAAGCUGGAUCCACACCACCCAACCAUCAAAAACUGGAGGAACUUUGCCAGCAAAUGGGGCAUGACCUAUGAUGAACUGUGUUUCUUGGAGCAGAAGCAACAAAGUCCAACUUUAGAAUUCUUGCUGAAGAAUAGCGACCGAACUGUAGCACAGUUGAUAGAACUCUGCAGGUUUUAUAAGAGGGUGGAUGUAUUGAAAGUGCUGGAGGCAUGGGUAGAGAGAGAGUGGCCUAAACAGUGGCAUACAAAAUAAAACAAAGGUAAAAGUUUUUCUGCCAAUUUGUGUCAAUCAUAUAUAGACAGAUCUCUGAUGUUUUGGUGCUUUUUAAUGCUCAGUGCUAAAACUUUCACAAAGUGAUAAUUAGAAUUGAGGAGCAUUAGGAAGGGUGAAAGAAUUGUGUGCACUUAAGUGUCUGUCUAUUCAUCUGCAACUCUGACUGUUCCUUUACCCUCUAAAAAUGUAGUUCAUUUUACAUUGGAAACUUCAGGACAAUCCAGACAGGCUGAAUUUCUGGUAAGGCUGAAUGUGUUUGUUUAGGUCUGAGAAACUUUGAAAAUAUUUUAAAAUCAUAAUGGAU